AUGGUGGACUGGGACAAGGAUGGGGAGACUGAAGCGCAUCAAAGACAUCUGGGGACUCCUUUUCCAGAGAACGAUUAUGAAUGUAUUAAAAAUGGCGAGUUAAUUGAUCAAAGCACCAACCUUCUUACACCUAAGAGCAUACAUUUGGGAGACAAUCCUUCUAAAUAUAAUGAAUAUAGGAAAAUCCUUAAGCAGUCACUUAAUGUUGGUGAUCAAAAGAAGAUUCAUGUGGCAAAUAACCCAUACACGUGCCAUCAACCUGGGAACAUGCUGAGUCAUUCAUCAAGACUACAUAUAAACAAGACAAUCCAUACUGGACAGAACGGUUACAUUUGUAAAGAGUGUGACAAAGGCUUCAAUCAGCACUCAGCACCAAUUCAACAUCAGCGAGUGCACACUGGAGACAACCCUUACAAAUGUGAAGAAUGUGGUGAAACUUCUAAUUGUGGCUCUUCAGUAAAUGGACGGAGACUAAUUCGUCUUGUUGUGUUAAAGCCGGACCUGGUCACAUUUUUGGAACGAAAGCAGGUGGUAUGGGAUGUGAAGAGAAAGGAGACCGUAGCCUCAUACCCAGAGAACGAUUAUGAAUGUAUUAAAAAUGGCGAGUUCUUUGAUCAAAGCACCAACCUUCUUACACCUAAGAGCAUACAUGUGGGAGAGAAGCCUUCUAAAUAUAAUGAAUGUGGGAAAAUACUAAGCCAGUCACUUCAUGUUGGUGAUGAAAAGAGGAUUCAUCUGGGAAAUAAAGCAUACACAUGCAAUGAACCUGGGAACAUGCUUAGUCUUUCAUCAAGACUACAUAUAAACAAGACAAUCCAUACUGGACAGAAAGGUUACAUUUGUAAGGAGUGUGGCAAAGCCUUCAACUGCCACUCAGCACCAAUUCAACAUCAGCGAGUGCACACUGGGGACAACGCUUACAAAUGUGAAGACUGUGGUGAAUCUUUUAAUUGUGGCUCAUCAGUAAAUGGACAUGGACUAAUUCGGACUGGAGAGAAACCAUACACACAUAAAAAUUGUGGGAUGGUCAUUACACAACACUCUCCUCUUACUGAACAUCACCAAAUCCAUACUGGAGAGAAACCUUACCAAUGUAACGUAUGUAGCAAGGCCUUUACCAAAAAUUCAGACCUUAGAAAAACUCAUAGAAUCCAUACUAGAGAAAAACCUUACCCAUGUCAAGAAUGUGGCAAAACCUUUAAUCGGCCUACACUCCUUUUUCAACAUCAUCAAAUACGUACUGGAAAGAAAGCUUACCAAUGUAACAAAUGUGGCAAGUCCUUUACUUUACCUUCUGUCCUUAAGAAACAUCACAGAACCCAUACUGGAGAGAGGCCGUACCAAUGUAAGGAAUGUGGCAAGGCCUUCAAACAGCGCUCAACCCUUAAUCAACAUCAUGGAAUCCAUACUGGAGAGAAACCUUACCAAUGUGAAGAAUGUGGCAAGGCCUUUACCCAUUCCUCAGCCCUUACCAAACAUCACAGAGUCCAUACUGGAGAAAAACCCUUUAAAUGUAAAGAAUGUUGGAAGGAAUGUGGCAAUGUCCUUAACCAGCUCUCAACCCUUACAGAAGACCAGAGAAUUCAUACUGGAGAGAAACUUUACCAAUGUAAAGAAUGUGGCAAGGCCUUUAACAAGCUCUCAGUCCUUAGUAGACAUCACAAAAUUCAUUCUGAAGAGAAACCUUACCAGUGUAAAGAAAGUGGCAAGGCAUUUCACUGGUCCUCAGACCUUAUUCCACAUCACAGAAUCCAUACUGGAGAGAAACCUUACCAAUGUAAAGAAUGUGGCAAGGCCUUUACGUACCUCUCAACCUUUACAGAACAUUGCAGAACUCAUACUGGAGUCAAACCUUACAAAUGUAAAGAAUGUGGCAUUACCUUUCACCGCCAGUCAAGCCUUACUGGACAUCAGAGAAUUCAUACUGGGGAGAAACCUUACCAAUGUAAGGAAUGUGGCAAGGCCUUUAGGUUCCUCUCAACCUUUACAGAUCAUCGCAAAACUCAUACUGGAGCGCCACCUUACAAAUGUGACGAAUGUGGCAAAACUUUUUACCGCCACAGAAGCCUUACUGAACAUCAUCGUAUCCAUACUGGAGAGAAACCUUACCAAUGUCAAGAAUGUGGCAAGUCCUUUACCCACCACUCAAACCUUACUGAACAUCACAGAAUCCAUACCGGAGAGAAACCUUACCAAUGUCAAGAAUGUGGCAAGUCUUUUCAAGGGCACUCAAACCUUACGCGACAUCAGAGAAUUCAUACUGGAGAGAAGCCUUACAAAUGUAAAGACUGUGGCAAGGCCUUUAACCAGCACGCAUCCCUGGCGCAACAUCUCAGGAUUCAUACUGGAGCGAAACCGUACCAAUGUAAAGAAUGUGGCAAAGCUUUUAACUGUCUCUCAGGCCUUAAUCGACAUCACAGAACCCAUACUGGAGAGAAACCUUACCAAUGUAAAGAAUGUGGCAAGGCCUUUCCCUGGUCCUCAGCCUUUAGUAAACAUAACAAAAUUCAUACUGGAGAGAAACCUUACCAAUGUAAAGCAUGUGGCAAGAACUUUAUGUACCUCUCAACCUUUACAGAUCAUCACAGAACUCAUACUGGAGUCAAACCUUACAAAUGUAAAGAAUGUGGCAAAACCUUUUACCACCAGUCAAGCCUUACUGGACAUCAGAGAAUUCAUACUGGGGAGAAACCUUACCAAUGUAAGGAAUGUGGCAAGGCCUUUAGGUUCCUCUCAACCUUUACAGAUCAUCGCAAAACUCAUACUGGAGCGCCACCUUACAAAUGUGACGAAUGUGGCAAAACUUUUUACCGCCACCGAAGCCUUACUGAACAUCAUCGUAUCCAUACUGGAGAGAAACCUUACCAAUGUCAAGAAUGUGGCAAGUCCUUUACCCACCGUUCAAACCUUACUGAUCAUCACAGAAUCCAUACUGGAGAGAAACCUUACCAAUGUCAAGAAUGUGGCAAGUCCUUUCAAGGGCACUCACACCUUAGGCGACAUCAGAGAGUUCAUACUGGAGAGAAACCUUACAAAUGUAAAGACUGUGGCAAGACCUUUAGCCAGUACGCAUCCCUGACUCAACAUCUCAGGAUUCAUACUGGAGAGAAACCUUACCAAUUUUUCACCUUAUCGAAUCAUUACAGUAAAGUGGAGAGCUUGAAUGGUGUCACUUCCAAGAACGGAAAAGAACAGUAA